AUGGCAGAGCCAAGCCCCACGAUAGCUCUCAAACUCCCCUCCAAAUACUCACCAGCGACGUCUGACAACACUGCCCCUACCAUCGACUGGCUCUCGCGAACAUGGUCCGUCACGCACUCAACCCUCUCCAUGUGGCGCGCGGCGCGUAACGUCCGCAUCAGCUACAAGCCUCUCCCGCCCAAGGCCGACGGUCGCUUGCGCAUCGACGAUCUCGUCGAGUACGAGCCCAACGACAAGGCCGGCGCGCUCAAGUCCGUCGCCGGCGUCGACACCCAGAGCUCCGGCGAUGGCGGCUGGGACUGGCGCGGCAAGGGCUGGCUCUUCUUCGUGGGCAGCCAUUGGGAGCUGCUUGGCUGGGGGGAGGAGACGCUGGCGGAUGGCAGGACGGAGAGGUGGGCGGUGACGUGGUUUGCGCCGACGCUGUUUACGAAGGAGGGCUUGGAUAUUUACAGCGAUCAGAGGGAAGGGCUGAGCGAGGCUACGUAUGGGAAGAUUGACCAGGCGCUGAGGGGCCUGGAUGCAAAGCCGUUGGUGGACAUGGUUGCGCAGGAUAUGAAGCCCGUUGAGAUUAAGCUUCCGUGGACGGAGAAAUGA